AUGUCUGAGAAAUUUUCGCCGGCGCUUCGGAUUGGAGAUCUCAACGAUUUCAUUGCACCGUCACAGGCAUGUAUAGUCUCCCUCAAGGGGGUAAAAAAGCCCAAUAAAGUUGAGGUGUCAAUAGCCGACAGACAAGUGAAGAAGUCAGAACCUGUUAAAAUUUCGCUCAAGGAUUGCUUGGCAUGCAGUGGAUGUGUCACAUCAGCAGAGACAGUUAUGCUGGAGAAGCAAGGUUUGGAUGAGUUUCUAUCCAAUAUUAAUCAAGGAAAGGCAGUGAUAGUGUCUGUUUCUCCUCAGUCGAGGGCUUCUAUUGCAGCUCAUUUUGGCAUUUCUCCUGUUCAGGCUUUCAAAAAACUGACCAGAUUUUUCAAAUCUUUGGGGGUGAGGGCUAUUUUUGAUACAAGUUGCAGUAGAGACUUGACCCUGGUCGAAUCUUGUGUGGAAUUCAUCACAAGAUAUAGACAAAAUCAAUUGCUAGAUGACGAGAGGAGCAAGUCAAGCCUACCCAUGAUUGCAUCUGCAUGCCCAGGUUGGAUAUGCUAUGCUGAAAAGCAACAUGGAUCCUUUGUCCUACCUUACAUUUCAUCGGUGAAGAGUCCCCAACAAACAAUUGGAACUAUCAUAAAGCGCUAUGUAUGCGAAGAUAUGAAACUCAGGCCAGAAGAAGUAUAUCAUGUCACAGUUAUGCCUUGUUAUGAUAAGAAGCUAGAGGCUUCUAGGGAUGACUUUGUUUUUCAAUUAGAACCCCAUGCUGAAGGGCAUGAAGGUGAAGAUAACUUGAUUUUGGAGGUAGAUUCAGUACUGACAACUGGAGAGAUUUUAGAAUUGAUUCAGUCAAAAGAAGUUGAUUUUAAAAGCAUAGAAGAGGCUUCUCUGGAUAAACUGUUAACAAAUGUUAAUGAAGAAGGACACCUUUACGGGGUUCAUGGAAGCUCUGGAGGUUAUGCAGAAACAAUAUUCCGAUAUGCUGCUAAAACACUUUUUGGAAGACAUAUUGAUGGCCCUUUGAACUUUAGAAACAUUAGAAAUUCAGAUUUUCAGGAAGUUACUUUGGAGGUGGAGGGAGAAACAGUGUUGAAAUUUGCUCUCUGUUAUGGUUUCCGAAAUUUGCAAAACAUUGUACGAAAACUUAAAACAGGGAAAUAUGAUUAUCAUUUCCUGGAAAUCAUGGCAUGCCCUUCAGGUUGCUUAAAUGGGGGUGGUCAAAUCAAACCAAUUUCAGGGCAAUCCGCUAAAGGACUGAGUCAGUUAUUAGAAUCAGUUUACAUGGAAAAUGUUUUGGAAGCAGAACCAUUCGACAAUCCCAUUAUUAAAGAUUUAUACGACAAGUGGCUUGAGCGGCCUGGUUCCGAGAAAGCUAGGAGAUACAUGCAUACACAAUAUCAUCCAGUCGAGAAAAGCAUCACUUCUCAGUUACAUAAUUGGUGA